AUGGCGCUCUCUCCUAAGAACUUGUCAGGUGCUGGUUACAUCAUCCUGAACGGCAUCCGCGUUAUGAACAUCAUUGGCUUCAUGGCAGUCAUCACCGCAAGCGUGGUGAUGCUAGUCAAGACCUCCACGGACACCCAUCUGUUCUUUUUCGAUGCUCUCAGUCACGUCAUCACACUCGUUACGAGUCUGUUCCUCAUCGUAUCCGAGCUUCCCCUCUUCCGUGCCUAUUUUGCACGCAACUGGCCACUGUUGUCCCCCGGCCAUGGCUUCGUCACUCUUGCUCUCGCUAUGAUCGUUCUUGGAAUCAACGUCAUGGGCAACUUGAACAAGCCCUCUGGUAGCGAGGAAGCACUUGGCAAAUCGUUCUGGUCUAUCGUCAUUGGUUCUGGUAUCCUGAUCUUCAUUCUUGGUUGGAUCAACCUGGUAGCCAGCUACGUUUUCCGAGACCGCAAGCAAGGCAUCACAGCUCGGGCUGUUCGCUCUCAUGGUGCUGUCGCCGUACACAAGACUCCUAUUGCUAGUGAGAGUGGCUCAAUCAAGACCCCACCGGCUCCAGUCCUAGCCCAGUCCUACAUCUCCAAGCCGAUCACGCCAUCACCGACCAAGAGCAGCAACCCAUUCCGAUUCUUGAACUCAGAGCGUCGACAGUCAGGUCUACCAUCGUACCACACUGCAGCGUCCACUCGCAUUGAUUCACCAGUCAAAGACGAGCCGGUGUCGCCAACCAAUCGGUCUAGCUACUAUUCCCGCACGACGAACUGCACCAAGAAGAAAGUCUUUGGCAUGUUCGGCCGCCAGAGCAGACAGAGCUUGGCGCCGCCACUGCCUGUCAAUGUCCAACAUCGUGAGCCAGAGAUUUCUGGUCCAAUGGGCGUUAACCCGCAGUUCGCUCAUCUCGUCCAGAGACCAGACAGUGCGCUUCACCCAAGUCGUACGGGCGAGAGCCAGGCAUUCCGGUGGAGAGUAUGA